AUGCCAUCUAAAACAGUCUUCAUUACUGGCGCUAACGGCUACAUUGGUAGCGCGGUCGCAAGAGCCUUUUCACGGGACGGAUGGACAACAUACGGCUUGAUACGAAGUACUCGGAGCGGCCGAGGCCUCAUGCGAGAAGAAGUCAUCCCAAUUGUUGGCACUGCGACAGAUGCAUCCGCCAUCAUCUCAGAUCUACCCCCCGUCGACGUGAUUAUCACCUGUGACGAGGACAUCUCCAGCUAUGUCCCCCACCACCAAAAUAGGCUUUCAAUGAUCAAACAAAUUUGCCGGCAUUCAGUGGCUCACGGUAACGUCAAACCUCUCGUGAUCUUCAGCAGCGGCUGCAAAGACUACGGCAUGACGCCGAUGCACGGCGAGGAAGGACUAGAACCGCAUACCGAAAAUAGUCCUCUCAACCCACCCGACUUACUACGGCCGCGAACAAAAGCUGCAAUGGACAUGCUCACAACCCACGUAAAGGACUUCGACUGUGUCGUGACUCGGCCGACGACUCUAUACGGCUGCUCGGGCAGUUACUACUCCUACUUCUUCUCCCUGGCCGAGCGGGCAAAGAAGGAAAACGGAGGCGUGUUAGAACUCCCUGCAGAUCCCAACGUGAUCUUACAUGGCACCCACGUCGAAGAUGUGGCGGCCGCCUACUUGACCCUUGCGACAGCACCGCGUCAGCUCGUGGCGGGGCAGGUAUACAACAUCUCCGGACAUCGGUAUGAGACACUGAGCGAGAUCGUGCCGGCCAUUGAGAAGAGCCACGGGAUUCAAGUGCGAUUUCGAGACUUCAGGCCUCAGGACGAGGAGACAUUUGGGCUGUACGUUCUGUCAUUGUUCACGUUUCCACAAUGGGUCGGCUCUGAGAAAUUACGCAAGGAUACGGGCUGGGUGGACAAGAUGCCUCUUUUCCACCAGGGAUACGAGGUAUACCGAGGGGCCUACGAGGCUGCGAUGAGCGAGGACCCGGAACAGGUGGAACGCAUGUUUGGAAGGAAGGCUCGGGGGACACUACAGGCCAGACAACCUUGA